UUUGUGGUGCUGGACCUCUCUGGGGCUGAUGUGGCUCUCCCGGGGAAUGCUGGGACAAGCUCUCUGAGGUUCUCACUCUCUCCCCGGUGAGCUCGCAGGGUGUGGCCACCCCUCAGGGACCAUGCCAGAGGCACUCCUGCUCAGGUCUGCCAGCUCCACCCUGAGGACCAUCUCCCUGACUGACGGGCACACACUCUCCAAAGAGCCCCUAAGCCAUGCUCUCAAGCUCUCGUCCCCAGCGAAGGUGAAAGAUGCCCAGUUGAAUUCUCCAGAGGAGGCGCUGUGGACAACUCGGGCCGAUGGGCGCGUCCACCUGCGCAUAGACCCCAGCUGCCCACAGACUCCCUACACUGUGCAUCGGAUGUUCUGCGAGGCUCUGGACAAGUACGGGGACCUCAGCGCUCUGGGCUUCAAGCGACAGGGCAUGUGGGAGCACAUCUCCUACAACCAAUACUACCUGCUGGCCCGCAAAGCCGCCAAGGGCUUCCUAAAGCUCGGCCUGGAGCGGGCCCACAGCGUGGCCAUCCUCGGCUUCAACUCCCCGGAGUGGUUCUUCUCGGCAGUGGGCACAGUAUUCGCAGGUGGCAUCGUCACUGGCAUCUACACAACCAGCUCCCCCGAAGCCUGCCGGUACAUCGCCCAUGACUGCCGUGCCAACAUCAUCGUGGUCGACACGCAGAAGCAGCUGGAAAAGAUCCUGAAGAUCUGGAAAAACCUGCCACACCUGAAGGCAGUAGUGAUAUUUCAAGAACCUCCUCCGACAAAGAUGGCCAAUGUGUACACGAUGGAGGAGUUCAUGGAUCUGGGGAAUGAGGUGACUGAGGAGGCCCUGGACACCAUCAUCAAUGCCCAGCAGCCUAACCAGUGCUGCGUGUUGGUCUACACGUCAGGCACCACUGGGAACCCCAAGGGCGUGAUGCUGAGUCAAGACAAUAUCACAUGGACAGCACAUUACGGCAGCCAGGCUGGUGACAUCCAACCCGCAGAAGUCCAACAGGAGGUGGUGGUCAGCUACCUGCCCCUCAGCCACAUUGCUGCCCAGAUUUAUGACCUGUGGACAGGCAUCCAGUGGGGGGCCCAGGUCUGCUUUGCUGAGACUGAUGCCCUGAAGGGGAGCCUGGUGAACACGCUGAGGGAAGUGGAGCCUACGUCCCACAUGGGGGUGCCGCGGGUGUGGGAGAAGAUCAUGGAGCGGAUCCAGGAGGUGGCGGCUCAGUCUGGCUUCAUCCGGCGCAAGAUGCUGCUGUGGGCCAUGUCGGUGACCUUGGAGCAGAACCUCACCUGCCCAAGCAGCGAUCUGAAGCCCUUCACAACCCGACUGGCAGAUUACCUGGUGCUAGCCAAAGUCCGCCAGGCACUGGGCUUUGCCAAGUGUCAGAAAAACUUCUACGGAGGAGCCCCCAUGACCGCGGAGACACAGCACUUCUUCCUGGGCCUCAACAUCCGCUUGUAUGCGGGCUAUGGCCUCAGCGAGACCUCGGGCCCUCACUUCAUGUCCAGCCCCUACAACUACCGGCUCUACAGCUCCGGCAAGGUGGUGCCAGGCUGCCGGGUGAAGCUGGUGAAUGAGGAUGCAGAGGGCAUCGGAGAGAUCUGCCUGUGGGGCCGCACGAUCUUCAUGGGCUACCUGAACAUGGAGGACAAGACGUGUGAGGCCAUUGAUGCCGACGGCUGGCUGCACACGGGCGACUCAGGCCACCUGGACGCCGACGGCUUCCUCUACAUCACUGGGCGUCUCAAAGAAUUGAUCAUCACGGCUGGCGGGGAGAAUGUGCCCCCUGUGCCCAUUGAGGAGGCCGUGAAGACAGAGCUACCCAUCAUCAGCAAUGCCGUGCUGAUCGGGGACCAGAGGAAGUUCCUGUCCAUGCUGCUCACCUUGAAGUGCACUCUGGAUCCUGAUACCUCUGACCCAACUGAUAAUCUGACCGAGCAAGCUGUGGAGUUCUGCCAGAGGGUGGGCAGCAAAGCUGCCACGGUAUCGGAGGUCGUGGGGAAGAAGGAUGAGGCCGUGUAUCAGGCCAUUGAAGAGGGGAUCCAGAGAGUCAACAUGAAUGCAGCUGCCCGACCCUACCACAUCCAGAAGUGGGCCGUUCUUGAGAGGGACUUCUCCAUUUCGGGUGGAGAGUUGGGUCCCACUAUGAAGCUGAAACGGCUCACAGUCCUAGAGAAGUACAAAGAUAUCAUCGACUCCUUUUACCAAGAGCAAAAAAGUAAUCAGGGGUCGUCCUUCCCGGGUUUCUCCUGAAGGUGGCAGGCUGAGUAUUUUCCUGACACCCCCCCCCCCCCCCCCCAGGUCCUCUUCAGUCUGGGCACAUGCACUUCUGGCAAGUCUGUUAGGUUCUCUGGGUCAGGUACGGUCCUGGCAUCUACAUUUGCCAGGUCUUAUGCCGAGAGGCUUCAUGUGUGGAUAGUUUUAAAAGUAUUGCUUUUUGUUUGGGUGACAAGUGAGAUCAACUCUCUUUCCAGAACUGAAGGGCUGACUUUUUGGCCUUACUCCCAGGUAGAUUUAACAGGCUGCUAGCUCACUUAACAGGAGGCUGGGUGUUGGGGGAGGGAGGAGGGGGAAGAUGGCUCGGCUAACCAGUGUGCCGCAGGGAAAGCGCUCAGUUGUAACGCACCUAACACCCGACUUACUCUGGAAUCUUGUUGGACAUUGCCGACCCCAUCAUCCCAUUACCAGGCACUCCACCAUACACACACCCACUGACUUUGAUGCUUAAUAAAACUGCUGCUGCCUAUUUGGUUGUAUUUAAUGUGUAAUUUGAAAUUAAACUUUUUAACAGAACUGUCAACAAGUACCUGAUUUUUUUGUCAAUAGAGCAGCAGAUCAGUCCAGAGUAGUGGUUAUUUAACCCACAGGACACUGAGCAAUAGGUAUUACCAAUGACCUCCAGUGCCCCGGAAUAAGCAAAGGUGUGGGAGGAGGUCAAGUGGAGCAUUCUAGGGAAAGCAGUCAAUUAGGGGCUAGUCUGUCGCCACCCUGCCACCCUGCCCACUCUGCUGUUUUGUUUGUUUGGGCUGAGCCAUACAGCUUGUGGAAUCUUAGUUCCCCAACCAGAGAUCGAACCCGUGUCCCCUCACCCUGCCUACUCUGAAUACUUGAAGCAGCCAUUCUUAGUAGCAAACUGAGCCAAAAUGACCUAAGGCAUCUAAAUGGGGAAUCGGUAGAGAAAGCAUACACCUCAAUUCGUUUGGGAAUUCUUUAUUAGUGUAAACCCAAGGAUCACUGAUAAUUAGCACAAUUCAAU